AGAUCAAUGCGGUGGACAAGGUGGGAGUGGUGCUUUUUUAACCGAAGGCUUUAGUAGUUGGAAUAAAACCGAGAGAUUGACUACUCAUGUGGGCCACAUUAAUAGUUUCCACAAUAGAGCUGUUAAGAAGUGUGAGGACCUAAUGAGACAAAGUCAAUCAAUUGUCGCUGCCUUACAUAAACAAAGUGAUAUUCAGAAGAAUGAAUAUCGUAUCCGGUUAAAUGCUUCUGUUGAUGCUGCUAGAUUUUUGUUGAAUGGUGCAUUACCUUUUCGUGGUCAUGAUGAGUCAGAAACGUCUCUUCAUAAGGGAAAUUUCUUGGAAUUAAUAAAAUUAAUUCGGGAUCAAAAUGAGGCUGUUGGUAAGGUUAUAUUAGAAAAUGCUCCUGGGAAUAAUCUAAUGGUGGUGCCAAGUAUUCAAAAAGAUAUUGUUCACUGCUUUGCACAAGAGGUACUCAAACAUAUUUUCCAAGAGAUUGGUGAUGAUGUGUUUUCCUUAUUAGUUGACGAAUCGAGUGACAUAUCUAAAAAGGAACAAAUGGCUGUGGUUUUGCGAUAUGUUACACAUGGGAUUGUGCUUCUUGUAAACGAACAGAUAUGGUUCGAGAAAGUCAAAAGGAGAAAGUACAAGAAGCCAUUGGUAGCGGUGAAACUGAAACAGUAUGUUGAAGAUGCGUGCGAGAAUCCUUACAGCCAACGUCAAGCAAAUGGUCUUCAAAUAUAUUUCCAAUCAUUUGAUAGUGUGUUUUAUUUGCACUUGAUGUUGCAUAUUUUGGGGGUCACAGAAUCAUUGUCACAUGCUCUUCAGAAAAAAGAUCAAGACAUCUUGAAUGUUGUUUCAUUGGUGAAGUCAACCAAGCGACAGUUGCAACAAUUUAGAGUUGAUGGAUUUUGUCGGCUUCUUGAGAUGAUCUCUUCUUUUUGCGAAAAACACAACAUCGAAACAGUUAACAUGGAGGAAGUUUAUGUCAAUCCAAAAAAUCGAAGACACAAGACAAAUAUCACAUAUCGACAUUAUUACGAGUACGAAUGUUUUAACACGGUUAUGGAUAUGCAAAUUCAAGAGUUUGGUGACAGAUUUGAUGAGGUAAGUUCCGAAUUGCUCACUUGUAUGGCCGCUUUGGAUCCUCAUUACUCAUUUUGUGACUUUGACCCAUCAAAAUUACUAAGGUUGACAGAGUUUUAUCCUGAUGAUUUUAGCAAUGACGAAAGAACUAUUCUUGAGCACCAACUUCAACUAUACAUUGACAAUGUCCAACAUGAUGAAUUAUUUGCUAAUUUGAAAGGUAUAUCCAAGCUCGGUAGAGUGAUGAUUGAAACAAGGAAACAUCUUGUGUUUCCUUUGGUUUAUCGAUUAUUGAAGCUUGCAUUGGUUUUGCCUGUUGUAACCGCAACAGUUGAGAGAUGCUUUUCUGUAAUGAAGCUUGUGAAGCCAGCUUUGCGCAAUCGAAUUUGUGAUGAUUUUUUGAAUGCGUGUGUCAUUUGUGCCGUAGAAAAAGAAAUACUUGCUAAGGGACAUCCAAAAGCCAAAACAUUAAAAACAGUACUGUUGGCAUUUCCUGAAUUAUGUGUAGCUUUGUUCGAGGGAACUUCUGCUACCGGAUCUCGUGCUUGUACCCCUAGUUCAACCCGUGAGAAGACUAUGGUUUCAUCAUCAUUUGCAUCUCAUAUCCACACCACCCAAAAUGAGGAGGAUGGAGAUAAGAAGGAAGGACCAAUUGUUGAUAAAUCGAGUGCAACUCCGUCUAGACCAAAUAAGAAGAGAAUUGCACAGGAUUCUAGAGUUUUGUCUGAAGCUUUAAUAGAUGGUGCUAUUAGAUUUGCAUUCCCUUUUUCAGAUAAAUAUUAUCUAUGUUAUGUUGCGUAUACAAAUAAUCGAAGAUUUAUGGGGCCGUAUCGUAAUGUUAUUGGCUCGGAUAUUUUCGUCGUGGACAAACAAUGA